GUAAGUAGCCGGGAUUUAAGAGUCGUCGGCAGAAUUAUACGAUACUAGCAUGGAGGACGCGCAUCUAUCUUUACAAAAUGGAGCGAGCUCCUCAACUAGAUAGACUUAUGAGUAUGUCUAUCGUGAGCAUACCUUUCGCAGAUUUCUGCUUCUAAGUCACUGCCCGGAGGUCGAUGAGUUACCAUUCAGCGGAGGUUCAUAAUUGACGACAUGGCUGAGAAGAAGGAAGGCGGCGGCGUAAUGGCCGAGCCGGCGACAGAAACGGCUCCCCCACAAUUAUCCGCAGAGAAUCUCGAAGAGCCAGAAGAGCAAGCUAGAAGUCAAGACGCCGAAGCGGAAAAGCGCCUCGCCAGACUCCACGAGCUGUACGGCGCGACAUGGGACGGGCCGGACGACCCCAACGACCCGUACAACUGGGCCGAGUGGCGCAAGGUCUCGAUGGGGAUCAUCUUCUCCAUCGGCCAGCUCGUGACGCUGAUGUCCGCCAGCAUCAUGGCCGCCGCCCUCGACAACAUAUCGCACGACCUGGGCAUCGGGGCGUCGGCCACGCAGAUCACGCUCUCCAUCUACUUCCUGGGCCUGGGGAUCGGCCCGUUCUUCGUCGCCGCGCUCGGCGAGAUGGACGGCCGGAGGAACGUCUGGAUCGCGAGCAAUAUCUGGUAUAUCCUGUGGAAUUCGCUCUGCCCGGUGGGCAAGUCGCAGGCCUUGAUGAUUAUCGGCAGGUUUUUCGCUGCGACGGGGGCGGCCGCUGGUGUGAUACUUACGGGCCCGGUCAUGGCGGAUAUGUAUCACGCGAAAGACCGCGGCAAGUCUCUGGCCAUCGCCUCCUUUCUGCCGUACCUCGGACCUGCGCUGGGACCUAUCAUCGGCGGGGUCGUCGUGCAAUAUGUCUACUGGCCCUGGCUCUUUUGGAUCAUAAGCAUCUUCGACGCGCUCAUAGUCGUUAUAGGCGCAAUGAUCAUCAAAGAGUCGUACACCCCAGUUUUACUACGCCGUAAAGCAGCCGCACAAUCGGACCAAUCUGGCAAUCCAGCUCUAUCACCGGCGAAGUGGGCCUUCUGGCAAGAUUUUUUCUCCCGGUUAAUGACCUAUCUUCAAAGACCUGUUCGGCUACUCGUCCGACGCCCGAUAAUUCAGGUCGUAUCUCUUGUCCUGGGUUUGAAUUUCGGAAUCUACACUCUGAUGCUCUCGACUUUCGCGACGCUCUGGAUCGAGCAGUAUAAGGAAUCGUCUCUCAUAAGCAGUCUGCAUUAUUUAUCGAUCUCCAUCGGCUUCUGCCUCACAGCGCAAGGCGGAGGCCGGAUAAUGGACAUUAUCUAUAAGCGCCUACGGGAUCGACCGAAGUACAAGGGGGAAGGCCGACCGGAGUUCCGGGCCCCGUACAUGAUCCCGGGCGUGCUCUUCGUCCCCGCGGGCCUGUUCUGGUACGGAUGGUCGGCCGAACACCAUAUUACUUGGAUCAUGGUUGAUAUCGGUGCCGUAAUUUUCGCUAUCGGAAGCUCCAUAUUAUCGCAGAGCGUGCUGGCUUAUACGCUCGACGUAUUUGGCGACGCCGGUGCCUCGGCCUAUGCCGCCACGCGACUCCUGUCUAACGUCAUGGGUUUCGCGUUUCCGAUCUUCGCCCCUCAAUUGUACGACCGCUUAGGGUAUGGCUGGGGCAAUAGUGUCCUAGCGUUUAUCUUCGUGGCACUUGGCCUGCCUGUACCGAUGAUUCUGUGGUUCUGGGGAAAGAAGCUGAGGGAGAUGGGGAAAACGCACCAUGAUGCUAAUUGACGACAUGCUCAACGAAGACAUAUGUGUGGUUAUUUUCAGCAUGGUAUCUGCGCAAUAGCUUUGCCGAGGUGUUCUUCAAUUUGUUCUUUAUAUGUCAUAGAUUGCCUUAAUUAUGCGCGGUGAUGCACCAAGAGGCCGAUGCUACGGACCAAUUUAGCGUUCCCACGAUCCGGGGACCCGGAACGGC